UUUUAAUGUCUGUAUAGUAUUACAUAGUAUGAAUAUGCCCAGUUUAUUUAAUUGCAUCACUAUUGGUGGAUAUACAAGGUUUUUCAAAAUUUUGCUAUUACAACAUGCUGCAAUGUACGUCAAUCACUUCACACUUGUGCAUUUCUGCAUGACAGGUUUCUAAGAAUUGAGAUAGCUGGGUGAAUGGUAUACACAUUUAAAAUUUGACCAAUACCUGUAAAUUGCUUAGCAGCCUGUAGGAAAGAUCUGUCUCUUGACUUCAUCUGGAAGUACCCGUGUUCCCAUUACAGGAAAGGAGUUGGUGCUUCUGAGGAACAGGAUGUUUCUAUACUCCACCAAAAAAAUGGAUCUAGUAUUUACAUUAAUUAAUAUGUGUGGAUUCAAUUGGUAAAACACUAUUCUGCUUUACAACUUCUUAGAUAGGUAGCAGAAAACAUCAGCUACCCUGGGGUUUCAUUAUAAGUUUUUGACAUUCCUUCGAUGAUUCAGAAAUGCCAGAAAAUAAAUGCCAUGCCUCCUCCCCGGGGUUGAAACGAAGAUGCUGGAGGUUUGAAUUCUGUAACUGAUCUUUCAAGAAAACAAGGUAUGGGGUGAUGACUCACUCACCCCAUGGUGGCUGUCCUCUGACUCGGUCCUUUAUAGAGGAAGCCUUACUUCGGGUCUACUAGUACAUUUCCUUCCCUCUCCAAGAAUUUCCUUGGGAGAGGGUGCCUAGUAUGUGCCAAGGUUAGCCUCACCAUUCUCUCUCCUCCGGAGCGCCACGGCCUGCAGUGCCCGGCCGGUCCUUGGCACCGGGAAGCCCGCGCUCACGGUGGGUGCUUAACAGUCACCGCCAGUAGCUGAGCGGUGGCAACAGCUGAGAUUCACGAGGCCGCCUGAAAGUUGUGUUUUAGCCUGUGAGGUUACAAGUGCAUAUUGCGUUUAUAAAAUUAAGCCCCCUUCCCGGCUCUCCUACAGCAGCCGUCAGCGAGACAGACACACGGUUGGGGUGGAGUGAGACCAGCCCAUGGAGUGGGACCAGCCCAGCGAGGCGAAGCUCGGAGAAGAGGGAGGAGGCGGAGGACGUUCCGAGUGCCCUGGCAGCUCCGCGCUCGCUGCGGCAGUGGGAGCAGAAGCGCCGAGGACCAGUUGCUCAGCACGUUCUCAGUUUGCAUGCCCUUCCUUCUCUCUUCGGCACGUUUCCAUUCUCAGGGCUCAGCUCCGCAGGAGAAAGGUGCGCGGGGCCUUUGGACUGUCCAGUGUGGGAAGCCAAAGGGGGCACCUACCAGGGCGGGCCAAAGCCUCGGCCCCGCGUUUGCCCCCUUUUCCCACCUUCCCCUCUCGCUGGGGUCGGAGACGGAGACCGAGAGGGGUGUUUGCGGUGGGGGCCUCCUUGGGGUCCCUGUCCCCUCGGAGCGCGCAGAGAAGGCCGGGGUCGCGGGAGGUCCCGGCGGCGCGGCGGGUACGGACCCGGGCGCUAGGGGUCCCCACUGGGCCCGGGGCCCCUGGAGGUUGCCAUGGUGACGCGGGGUCGGCAGCUCCGCGCCGUGCAAACAAAGCCGCGCGCCCGCUCCGCGCCCGAGCUCCUCCUCCUAGGGCGCCUCCCUCCCUCGCCGCCGCCGCCGCCGCCGGAGCGGCUCCCGGCCCCCGCCUCCGCCGCCGCCUCCGCGGGCCAGACCCUUCAUGUGGCCUUUUAAAAUGUGCAUUUGAGACAGAAUGAAUGUAGAAGCUGAACAAUGCCUGGAAGGUUUCUGAUUUCUGUCACUAUUCCUGCCUUUUUGCACAACUGCCCGAUUUGGAUAAUGUGAUACUCAGAGGGACAUCUUCAUCGAAGUCCUUCUUCCAGCAGACGCAUCUGGCCAGAGAACCCACACGGAGCUCGGGAUGGCCAGUCAGCCCGCAGAGGAUGCGGCGGAGUCCCAGGUGCCCGACGAGCUCGAGUGUAAGAUCUGCUACAAUCGGUACAACCUGAAGCAGAGGAAGCCCAAAGUGCUGGGGUGUUGCCACAGGGUCUGUGCCAGGUGUCUCUGCAAGAUCAUAGACUUCGGGGACUCCCCGCAGGGCGUCAUCGUCUGCCCUUUCUGUAGGUUUGAGACGUGCCUGCCGGACGAUGAAGUGAGUAGCCUGCCUGAUGACAACAACAUUCUCGUCAACCUGACUUGUGGAGGCAAAGGCAAGAAGUGCCUGCCAGACAACCCCACCGAGCUGCUGUUGACCCCCAAGAGGCUGGCCUCGCUCGUCAGCCCCUCGCAUGCCUCCUCCAACUGCCUGGUCAUAACCAUCAUGGAGGUGCAGCGGGAGAGCUCGCCCUCUCUGAGCUCCACCCCUGUGGUGGAAUUUUACAGGCCGGCGAGUUUCGACUCGGUCCCCACUGUGUCCCCCAACUGGACAGUGUGGAACUGUACCUCGCUCCUCUUUCAGACCUCCAUCCGGGUGCUGGUUUGGUUGCUAGGGCUGCUGUACUUCAGCUCCCUGCCCUUGGGGAUCUACUUACUGGUGUCUAAGAAAGUCACCCUCGGGGUCGUCUUUGUCAGCCUCGUCCCGUCGAGCCUUGUUAUUCUCAUGGUAUAUGGUUUCUGCCAGUGCGUUUGUCAUGAAUUUCUAGACUGUAUGGCACCUUCCUCUUAAUCUACAUGCAAACCAAGAAUCUGGACACGCGUUGCCAUGUUUGAAGUUAGGUUGUUUAUCAUUUAUUUUCUUUCAUGUUUGCUGAGAUGGGCGUCCAAUGACAUUCACAAAGCCCCUGGCCAUGUGUCUGUGGCCCGUUUUCCAUUAGAACAUUGACUCAGUUGGUUUUGCUGUGUUCUGGAAGGAAAAUUGCACAGUUCUAUGAAGGCAAAGAAGCAAAACUGUGUAAGCACAGUCUUCGUACAGCCAACCUUGCAGUCUUUCAGGGAAAGAGCAGGGUUUCACCCCACACUGCUGGACAGACAGACACGCAGGGCCAGGUGUGCUAGGCUGCAGCACAGAUCUUACGGAAGGUUAUAGGAAUGAGCUGAUUCCUUUUCUCAUAAUCAUCCGAAAUCUACACUGGAGGGUGGACACGAGAUGAAAGCUGUUCCAGGACACGACUUGUGCAUUCAAAAAGCAUGCGCUGCCCCCCCACCCCCCAACCCUCACCCACCGCCACCCACCUGUUGUUGGAACUGCUCUGAAUCCUCUUCAGGUGUUUUCUCUCCUAAGUUGAUGCCACUCCCUGUGGUCUGUGGUUCCAGCUUAGAUGCUUGUUCCCUCUGCACAGGCUACCUAGCCAAGAGGAAACAGCCUCACCCCAGUGUGAGGUUUCAAUGACCGGUCUGCCCACAUUACUGAAGAGAAUUAAAAACAUUGAGGGAUUUGCAUCAAAGUAAACUUAAUGACAGAAUAUGGCCAUUUGUUUUUGAGACACACCCUUUCCUCCACAUUUAUUGUCCUCUCUCCUCAGUCUUCUCUGAAAUUCUCACAGAGCAAUUAUUACUCAUGGAAAUCUUCAGUUGAGUCUUUCCUUAAAACCUUUUAGUUUAGUUUAGUUUUUUUUUUUUAAUUUAACAAUGUUGUUCAAUGAACCUCACCCCUUACCCUGAAUUAGGUUUCAUCUAAGUUAGUUGCUAUAAGCUUAUGAGGAUAUUUUUCCCUAUUGUAUUUUAAAUAUUGUGGGCUUACUUAACUUAAUCCUGUGACAGUUUGGGGUGAAUUAUGGCAUGGAAACCCAGAAACAGUUAUUGAGAUGUUCUACUUUACAGGGUGAAGGGCUGAGAAACUAAAUAAGCAUUUUCCUGUACUAUACUCACUUAAACCAAAAUAUAAUGGUUUAGGUUUAUGUGCAAAACUGUGUUCCAGUAAGCCAGGCAACACACAAAGGAAACACAAAGCUGGUGCCCUCUUAAAAAGAUCCUUCAAGGAAGUAAAAUGGAGGUGGCAGAGGGCAACUUUACGUGUCGCUAUUCCUGUUGUUCUUAAGUCCAUUUUAGAAUGGAUUUAAGUUUUUACACAUUUUAUUUCAAAUAAAAACAUAACCUGUGUGACUUAAUGAACUUCUUUUCAUGAUGUAAGAGAAGCUGAAUGUAUAUAUUACAGAAGAAAUUGUUUAGCAGAUUUAGGUUUGAGGGAAUAGAAUGUUCACAGACACUAGGCAAAAAAUUAAAAAAUUUUUAGUCUCUAAAAUCCAUUACUGAUUACUAACAUUAAACUCUUUAUAACUCUUAGAAAUGGGCAUUACUAAGACUACUUCAACUUGUGUGAUAUAAUGACAGUGGACCAGUUCCAAUCUCCUUAUUCAGGAAAGACUGACAUUUACUCCUAGAGUAGUAGUUUGAUUUUAAUCAUAUAACUGUUAACUUUGAGAAUAUGUAUGUCCAGGGUAAGUAUGAUGGGAAAGUAUAUGUAGGGUGUGGCCCAAAGAAUUUAAGCCCUAAGAUACAGCUAAAUACGUUAAUGAUUUCAAAAACUCUAGUUUAGAUAGAAAUUGUGAAUGCAAUUUCCAAAAAAUCAUUUGUACUUAGAGCAAAUAUAAUGUUAGGAGAUGUUUUGUGGUUUGGAUUUACAUAUUUAUAAGGUUUUAAAAAAAUGUUCAUCUUGUCUGAAAUGUCAAAUAAGUUGGUGAGUUAUGUGAUCUUUCUAGAAAGCUCUGGAUAUGGGUAUUAUCUAUUUUGCUUAAUGUGUGCAGUGCUAAAUUUGUGUUUCUCUGUGUAUUGUGAGUCUUUUUUUUUUAGUUGCUAAUAAUCUGUUUUUAGAGAGUUUUAAAUGUAAGACAAAAAACUGUUCAUGCUUUUGAAUGAGAAAAGGACAAUGCUUCAAUAUUGUAUUCACUGUGAGCAUGUCCUCUUUGUCCAUUAAACUGUUAUUAUUUCCAAA